GGUUGGUUUCCAUGGAGCCCACGGUUGUGUCUGGCCCGCGGGGCCGCGCGCAGUGGGAGUCGGACCCGCCGUUUCCUCUGGGAUUCCACGCGCUGGACUCCGACGCGGGAGGCGGGAUCUGUCCGAACGAGAGUGGCCAGACGGGUUUGGAUUUCAGGUACGGGGACCGAGAUCACACCCCCCCUCGAGGCGAGGGAGCAAAGGUCUUCCAGGACAAGGCCGUGGAGUUGGGCAACCUCAUGCACAUCUCGGAUUUCUCUUGCGGAGAUCUGCUGUCCGCACAGUCCACAAUUUCCAAAGGGUCUCUCCAUCUAGACGAGUUGUCUUACUCGGAGAACAACGAGCGAGCUGACGAAAUCAGUGACUUGACUCUGUCGUGGUUAUUCACUCCCAAGCCCACUGAUGUGGUCGGGCAAAACUCUGCCUGUGAGGAACUGGAUCUGACACAGGAGGCCCCACCCGAGGGCUCAAAUAUCCCCAGUAGUCAGGCUUACUCUCCAUCAGACAUUUCCAAAAGGAAUACAGAGACCGACACAGUUGAUCCUUUUUUGCUGGUAGACGUCAUCGCAAAUGUGCCCACUUGCCCCCCCGCGGAGUCCAACCCAGGUGAGUUCAACCCACUGGGUGUCAAUGAGGAGCUGGUGGACCUGUCACAAGGGGACCAGGCGGGUCUCCCGCCCUCACCGAGCAGCGAGACACGCUCACCUGAAACCAGAGACAAUGGUUUAUCACCUGCUGAUCAUGUGACAGUUCUGCCUGGAACCAGCCGCACCAACGUGCAAGGUUUGCCCGACAGCUGCCUCUCACGAAACCACAUCAGCGCACCACUGGAGUGUUGUGAAGGAUCGGUGCCUUUGUUGGAUUCGGAGGUCCCAGAUUGUGACAGCGGUCCGAGCCUGUGCCCAGCCGGUCCCGACUCUGUUAUCUGCACAGGUUCGCCGCCGCAUUUAUCAUUUACAGAGGAGUCAGGGGUGGAACAUGAAGCUGCUGCUGUAAUUAGAAAUCUGACUUGUGAGAAUGACUCAUUUGCUCUGGGUUUGCCAGCUGAACCUUCGCCGCUGACUGUGCCUCUGGCUGAAGAUGCCUUCAUCCAGGGUGAUUUCACCAGCGAGACCUACUCUGUGGAGACUUUGUCUCAGGAUGUGAUGGUGGACAACAUUUGUUCUGAAGCCAGAACUCAGGGAAAUGAGUCAAUGGCUUUGGAUCUGUGCUCGACUGCUGAUGAGAUCCGCGACGAGGAAACCUGGGACUUGAAACCACGGCGGGGUGUACCGAGCGGAAGUCUUCCUGAUCCCACAACUGAACUGAGGGAAAAGGAGAGCGUGGUAGACGGCCACCAGCUCGGGGGAUCAGAUUGUCAUGAGGUAGCCUCUUUUGAUUUUUCAGUUCAGGACUUGAACAGUUCUUCUCCUGUGGCUGGAUGGACUAGUGAGCAAAAUGUGGAGACAAUUCCCCUCUCCAAGAUGGUGGCAGAUGACUCGCUGCCAAUGGUUUCAGCUGUGGACACAAGGGAGCAAGACGUCUCCCCACUAAAAGCUGUAUUCGAUGCAUUAGACCAAGAUGGAGAUGGCUUUGUUCGGAUUGAGGAGUUUAUGGAGUUUGCCGCUGCCUAUGGGGCUGAUCAGGUGAAGGAUCUGACCAAGUUCUUGGAUCCCAGUGGCCUGGGAGUUAUCAGCUUUGAAGACUUCCACCGUGGAAUUUCUGCAAUUAGCAAUGGAGGUCCAGAGCCACCACUCUACAAUGUUAACUACAGUCCAGGGGACGGAGCUGUGGGCUGUCCAGAGGAAUAUGACGAGCAAAAUGAAGUGACCGACAGUGCAUAUCUGGGCUCCGAGAGCACGUACAGUGAGUGCGAGACCUUCACUGAUGAGGACACAGGGGCCCUCGUACCCCCGGAGAUGCAUGAGGAUGUGGAGACAGACAGCGGCAUCGAGGCCACGCUGCACGACUCCGAAGAUGGCAGAAAUAGGUUUUCCCUGAACUCGGAGCUCCAUCACCAUUCCCUGGUGACGGUCAUCGGUGGAGAGGAGGAGCACUUUGAGGACUUUGGUGAAAGUAAUACCUCAGAGUUGCUACUGGAGAGCAGCGUCGAGGGGACGGAGGGGGAGGGCGACUCCCCCCUCGUGCAGCCCCUCGAGCAGGUCAAUGGCUCCUCACUUCUGUCUCCCAGUGCACCUGCUCCUCUCCCUGACUGCUUUCAGAGCUUCCUCAGGGAGGAGGCGCUGGACUUUUUCUGUAGCCAGUGUCACAAACAAAUAAGUCGUCUCGAAGACCUCUCCACUCGCCUCAAUUUCCUAGAGAUGACUAGUGCUGGUAAGAGGCUGUCGAGCAAGAAAGUAGCAAGACAUCUGCUGCAGAACAGCUCAAUGACUCUGGACACCAUGAGCGACUUAACGCGGGACAUCCUAGAGCUCGCUGACAACGACAUCACAGACAAGGUGCUCCUCCUUGAGCGACGCGUGGCAGAGCUGGAGAAGGAGUCGGAGGCGUCGGGGGAGCAGCAUGCGCGGCUGCGCCAGGAGAACCUUCAGCUGGUGCACCGGGCCAACGCUCUGGAGGAGCAGCUGAAGGAGCAGGAGGUCCACGCGGAUGAGCAACUACAGCAAGAGACCCGCCGCCACAAGGAGGCCCUGUGUAAGGUGGAGAGGGAGACGGGGCUGGAGCUAGAAAACCUGCAGGCCAGGCUGCAGCUGCUGGAUGAGGAGAACAGUGAGCUACGGUCCUGUGUUCCUUGUCUACGAGCAAACAUCGAGAGACUAGAGGAGGAGAAGAGGAAGCUGCAAGAUGAGACAGAAGCCACGUCUGACCGACUGCAAGAAGAGACGGAGUCCCGCAGGAAGAUGGGUGACAAGCUGAGCCACGAGCGCCACCAGAGCCACAAGGAGAAGGAGUGCACGCAGGAGCUAAUUGAGGAUCUACGUAAACAGCUCGAGCACCUACAGCUGUACAAGUUGGAGGCCGAAGCAAAGAGAGGGCGCUCACCUGCCGCAGGGCUGCAGGAGUAUCAGACCCGCACCCGCGAAGCUGAACUGGAGCAAGAGAUCAAACGACUCAAACAGGACAACCGCAGUCUGAAGGAGCAGAACGACGAGUUAAACGGGCAGAUUAUCAACCUGAGCAUCCAGGGAGCCAAGAACCUGAUGUCGGCCUCUUUCUCCGACUCCCUGGCAGCUGAGAUCAACUCUGUAUCUCGUUCCGAGCUGAUGGAGGCUAUCCACAAACAGGAGGAGAUCAACUACAGACUCCAGGACUACAUCGACAAAAUCAUUGUGGCCAUCAUGGAGUCCAACCCCUGCAUCCUCGAGGUCAAAUAGACACCUUGCAGCCAGAAGGCCUCUUUGAGUGAUUAAAUUACUGGAGACUUUGUCAAAAGAAGACUACCCAGAAAUAUUCUGAAAAAAAACAACACCGCGCUCAACUCAUCCAGCGCCCCCCACUAAAAAAAAAUACAGAAAUUAAUGAUUUUGAAGUCCAUGGCUGCCGGUGGAAAUACUAAGCUAUUUUUCAGUUACAUGUCCCUUAAGUUGUACUUCUUUGCGAGUGUAUGUGUUUGCCCUACUGAAAACACUUGGGUUCUGGUGACUUCCAUGUAUUUGGCCAGAGGGACCCGAGUCCCCCCCGUCGUGUUAAUGAGUGUGUGCAAAAAGAUCUGUAUCAUUCGGAGUAGCAAUCUACCCCAUCCCUCCCCCAAAACAAAGUGUCAAUGUUUGAUUGAGCUAGAAAGAAAAAAAGAAAAAAACCGAUUAGACGAUUAUACCUAAAGGCCUUAAAUGAAAGGUGAUCAAAGGAAACAUGAAUUCUAGAUACCAAACAUGCCUCAGUUCAGUCAGUGGGCUGAGAUCUCCUGAUCCAGGCUGAGUCUUGUUUCAAUCACGAGAGAGAAGCCGUAUGACGCCCUGGUCAGGAGACGAGUAGGUUCUGUCUUCAGUCAGUUAAAAGCUUGCUGUGCUGCCUACCAGUCCUCAGAACACUGUUCUGUCCUUUAGAGUUCAACUGUCUUUCCAGUGAACCCAAGUGAGGGACAUUUCCAAGGGUUGAGGAAGAGAAAUGCCCGGAGGGUACUGUGUGUGUGUGUGUGUGUAUGUGUGCGCGUGUGUGUUUGUGUGUUUAUGUGAGGGGUUUGAAAUUUCCGUUUUAGUUUUUUUGCUCUGUGUUAUUACGGUUUUGAAAAAGCUCGGUGACACCCGGAGUAAAAAAAGAAUGACCCUGUCGUUCUUGAAAGUGUCAGUCUCCCAAAUGAAGGAUCCGGGCGUUUUUGUGAUGUGCUUCAUCGUCUCGUUUAUUUUUUUUUACAAUGAAACAGGGUCCCGAGGCUCAGGUGGGCUGGAGAAUUCAAGUAGGAGAAUGAUUAUGUUUCCCAUCACUCAAACUGACUGGCUGUAACUGACAAAAUCUAACCACCUCAUCGCUUUUUAAACUCACCGAACACUUGAAAUGAGCAUUAAGGGAAAUUGAAGCAUGAUUCUGGGAAUUGUAAUGUAGAUUUUUCUCCAAGUUUAGCCCACCUGAUCCCAGUGUUCUCUUGCUGAGUGAAAGUGACGGAGAGCAAACUGAUUCAGGUUACCAACUUUUGUUUUUCUGUUUUUCUUUGCUGCACAAAUGACCUAUUGGGAGGAAAAAUGUAAUUGUGACUGAAAAAUGCUGACGUCCUGGAGGUCACGUGAAGAAUCAAAUGGUCGCAUUAAGUUUUGUUAUGAUUUCUUUAUUGUUGUUGAUAAAACUGUUUAUUACGAAGGAAGCAAAUGUACAAUUGAAUAUAUUUUGAAGUCUUGUGAAGAUGAUAGUAUGUUGGAUUUGUGGCUACAGACGCACCUGGAAAAAAAAGUUGGGGUGUGUGCACAUGCUGAAGGAGAAAAAAAACAACACAACACACUAUUCAUAACGCCAUAUUGGAUUGGAAAUAUUCAAGGAUACUACAAAAUUGUCAAGAGCUUUUCUUUCAAAUCCUGUAUUUUUUUCAGUCGUCAGGACUUGGUGUGAGCAUUUUGCUCUGACUACUGGCCAGACAGAUCUACAUAACGCAGAAGGGACAGGUGGACUCUGGUAGCAAUAAUCCUUGGCAAAAAGUGGACAUUGGUGGACAGCAGAUAAAACAAACCUGCUCUCGAUUUCCUCUGCUCAACAGAUGCAUUUUCGAAGACCGAUUUAUGGACUGACGCCGCGCUCAUCGGUUAUGCGCGGCCGCCGUACUUUUGAACAUUUCUUUGUGACUCUGAAACUGGACACGCGUGUUGGAUUUUCCUGCCGACAUCUUGACGGAUUUAAAGUUGAAGCCGAGGUGGGGGGUUUUUGUCCAUACAGAAUGGCAUUCUGCACCGGUGUGCUCAAAGGAAUUCCUAUUUUUCCACCCUGUUCACCUCUAAAUCGUAUCUCACUUCUCUUCUUCACCUGCCACUCCACGGAAAAAUGGCCUUGGAUGUAAAUGACUUGUACAUGUAAAGUUUUUUCUACACUCAUUCUAGAUUCUAGGUAUUUUUAUAGCCAGGAGAGAGAAGAGCAUUUCUUUUUCUUGUCUUAUGCUGAGAGACAGCUGCCUGUAUUCUCCUCUAGCAUGUAGCGUGUACAGUAUCUUGUUUUUUGUUUUUUUUCUUUCUCUCGUUUUAAAUCACAUGCAGAUAUUUAUUCAUCAUUCAAACACAAACAAGUCACGCUCUGUGAUCUGGUCCGCAGAAAAAAUAUAUUUGUACAUUUUUGAAUUUCACAAGGGGAGAUCACUAAUUCACAGUGGAUGAUUCUGUGGGAGAAUUUAUUGAAUUAAGAGACGCGUUUAAUGCAAAGCUAUAUUGUGAGUCUGCAUCGAAUGAACAAGCUUGAGCGUUCGUUGAGGUUGUCGCACUCUUCCAUUAUGCUGAUGCGGCAUCGAACCUCUUCAGGGUUGGGAUUUUUAGAUGUGUGGCCGAGUCUGCAGUUUCUACUGUUGUCUUCCCAGAUGGAGUCAGGUGGUGCAUGGAAACAGAUUUUUAUUGUACUUCUCUGAUUCAGUUGUUUGACCUAUGUUUUGACUGACUAACCAUAUGCUAUAAUAUCCGCCAGUGGAAUCGUAGACACAGAAAACCUCAUAUCCAGACUCGCCGAGUUCAGCGCCCUGCGUUUUUUUUUAUUGUAACUGGAGAUUUACCCCCUCAACAGAUUGAAUUAUGAAUUCUGAAUCAUUUAUGCUUUACAAAGAGGAAACAGGAUGACACCUGAACACGGCAGACGGCAGACGCAGUUAAUUCUCUCCCUGCUCUAUAUUUUUUCUCGUCAGAUUUUGACAGAUAGUUUGAGGACUAAAACAACUGGCAUCAGAUUAACUUGACGACAGGUGAGACCACAGAGCUGAUCGAACAUUCCCUUUGAGCCGAGCUGAAGGUGACCGCACUUUAACCAGAUCCAAUUUCUCCCUUUUUAUCUCCUGCUCUCAAAAAUGACCAAAGACGAGACAUUCAAACUUAAACCGAUCGUUUUAUCUAUCAGGGUCCGUGAUCACACUUGGUAACACUUUCCUGUUCUAAUCAAUCAUAAAUUGACUCUCAGCCUGCCCUAAAAGAAAAAAAAUAAGAAUCUUGCCUGCUAGUCCAAACACUGUGCCUCUGUGUCUCAAACUUUGCCUCUAAACUAACCUGAUGAUGAGCCCUGGGAAACGCACUGACCACAUGACUGUCAGUUUGUUAAAUUAUAAGAAUGAAAACUAAACUGUAAAUAUAAAUUGUCAUUUUUGUGAACUUUCUCUCUCUCUCUCUCAUGGUCCCUUCCAGUGUCCAAAGAAAGUUUGCUCAAGGCACAAACGCCACUACUUGAGUAGUGCAUGGCUUUGCCAUUAUGUGACAUGGGAAGAUAAGAGAAUAUUGUAGACGAGAAAUUAUAAAAGUUAAAUUUAUUCCUAUUUUCAAAAAUAAAUGUAUAAAUUAUAACUGUAUUGGUUACAGCUGUAUAUUAUUUUUUGAAGAUCCCCAACGAUCUAUUCCUAAUUGUUACUGGGGAAAUAGAAUUUCAGUCAUUGUAAAAAGAGAAAAUUUAAAGGUAAACAGUGAAAGUAAGAGUAGAAAAUAAAUGGAAUAAAAGGA